ACAGUACACAGGGAACUUUACAAUAUAUAACUUUAUACUACGUCAUAUAGGUGAUGUAGUAUAAAGAGUCAGGAGGGUGGAGGUCAACAUACACAGCACUUUGACCCAGGAGAACGCUGUUCAUGUCGUGUUUUAACAUAAACUAAAGGUAUUAUAUUAUAAACUAUGACCUUUUUUUGUAAACUAAACGAAGUAGUUUUGUUUUCUGACAUAAAUAAAACGUUAAACGGUUACAGCGCCACCUUCAGGACUAACGGUACAUCUUCACCACACUGUUCAGGCUCCACCCACACUGUUCAGGCUCCACACACAUUAAUACGUUUUCGUUUAAAACAAAAACGAUCUCCACAUUAUGGAGAACAUGUAUACUUUUGUUCUUUUACAGUUUAUGUGUGGACUAAUAAGCAUUAAUAAGAAAAGGAAAGUCUUCCGUUUUGUGUCCGUCGUCCUCAAAGCCUCAAACCGUGACUUCAUCCGUUUACGUCCGUCUACACAAGGAGGUAACCUCUGAGUAUAUGAACUUAUCUGUUUACAUCCACACUAGGAGGUAACCUCUGACUAUAUAAACGUAUCUGUUUACGUCCGUCCACACUAGGAGGUAACCCUGGAGUGUUUUCUCGUCUGUCCAGGUGACUGCUGGCUGUUGGCGGCCAUCGCCUCGCUGACGCUGAACGAGUAUGUGAUGGCCAGAGUCGUCCCCACCGACCAGGGCUUCGGUGACGACUACGCUGGCAUCUUUCACUUCCAGUUCUGGCAGUACGGUGAGUGGGUGGACGUUGUGAUCGACGACCGUCUGCCGGUCAAAGACGGAGAGCUGAUGUUUGUCCACUCGGCAGAGGGGAGAGAGUUCUGGAGCGCUCUGCUGGAGAAGGCCUACGCCAAAGUCAAUGGCUGCUAUGAAGCCUUGUCCGGUGGUUCCACCACCGAGGGCUUUGAGGAUUUCACCGGAGGCAUCGCCGAGAACUUCGACCUCCAACGCCCCCCCAAGAACCUGUUCCAGAUCAUCAAGAAGGCCUUGGAGGCCGGAGCGCUGUUGGGCUGCUCCAUCGACAUCACCAGCGCCGCGGACUCGGAGGCCGUCACACGUCAGAAGCUGGUGAAAGGCCACGCCUACUCGCUGACCGGCGCCGUGGAGGUGAACUACCGCGGCCGACAGGAGAAGCUGGUGCGGGUCAGGAACCCCUGGGGUCAGGUGGAGUGGACCGGAGCCUGGAGCGACGGAUCGUCUGAGUGGAACUACGUGCAGGGAGACUGUCCCCAUGCCAAUGCAGAGGACGGAGAGUUCUGGUGGGUACUUAGCAUAGAAACGUGGUGCCGUUGUUAUCUUGUUGUUUUUUUAGCUGCAGAGUGAGAGCUCCUCUUUCCUCUCC